CUCUCACCAUUUAACCAGGAGCAGCCGAAAGGAGGACUCGGGACACAUCAUGCAGCGCUUCAGGAGCCCCAAGUGCUCCCGCUGUAGGAACCACGGCCUGAUCACUCCGGUGAAGGGCCACAAACAUUACUGCUCGUGGAAGGACUGCAAUUGCGAGAAGUGCAGACUGACAUCUGAGAGACAGAAAGUGAUGGCGUCACAGGUUGCUCUGAGAAGACAGCAAGCUCAAGAGAUGAAGGUUGGACUUGUGUGUCCGGUGGGUCUGUCAGAGGUGGUGAACCAGCCGACCGCCUUGCAGCUGGACUCAGUGUCGCAGAUGCAGAUUGCCCCACCCACCGGCCUGCCGCUGUUUUCCUGGUCCUUCAGUGACGGGAAUCCUGACAUGCACCUGGACGCCUCCUUCUACAACCUCUUCCAGCACCCCUGCUACUCCAGCUACUACAGCAUGUACAACAACCAGCAGUUCCAGAUGAGCUACCAAGAACCGGGGUGUAGUAGUGCUCUGACCCCUGCUGAUGGCCUGAUGUCCAGCCACAUGACCAACUCCAACUACCCACCUAUGCACAGCUACUACCCAUCCAACACCUACAUGACCCCUGGUCUGGGCGCCGGUGCCUGCAUGUCCUCUACAUUUACCACAGAGGACUACAAGAGCACCAACCUCACUCUCGCUUUCCCCGCUCCUGCUGUGGACAUGGACAGUGAAGCGGCUGCCGCCAGUGAGUCGUCCACCAUCAUGGUCAUAUCCAUCGAUGAGGAGUAGAUAAUAUAAUGCAUAGCCACGCUUGGCUUUGGUUCAACGCUUCAUUUCCUCAUUCAUCCAGCAUUUAACACAUCAAGAAUGUACGUUGUUCUUGCACUUAAAACACGUCAACAUGACAACCGAGGGCACAUUGAUAACCAACACCUGUCACCACUUCACUUACCCACUGACUUCCUGUGCCAGUGGUCAUAAUGUAUUCACCGAGAAUUAUUGUGAGUCGUCACUCAGUUGUACUGUUUCUUAAGCUGUUGCUAUUAAAAUGUCCAAAAAAC